AUGACUUAAGUUGAUCUCAAAGCUAUAGAAAUGGUAUUUGCUUUACUUUUGUUAAGUUGUUUAACUUAUACAUGGUUUACUUUUAUUUCGCUUAAGUUUACAAUCAUACUUGCUCUAACAAUUUGUUCACUUAUUGUUCUGUUGAAAAUUAAAUGGAUAAGAAUUAAAAGAAAAGGAUUUUUAAACAAUAUUUCUGAUAAAUUUAGAAAGAUUUUAUUAGAAAGAUCUUUAUUUGAUAUUUUGUGUGAUAUUUGGUAUUUUGAAACAAUUAAGAGACAUUUAAGAGUAUUUUUAAGUCCAUUUCUAAUUAAAAAAUCUCCAGAAGAAAUUAUAGAAUCAUUUGAAGAUAUCAAUCCUAAAUUGAAAGAAGCUAUCCUUAGAAAAGGAACUAUAAAUUUGUUUCCUGAACCAAUAAAAAAGGAAUUAGUAGAAAAUUACAUUUAAGAAGAUGAACUACAAAUUAAUUAGGAUAAACAAUUACAUUAAUAAAUCAUUCAAUAACCAGUUAAAGUAGAACAUUGGGAUAGAUAUGUCGAUUAUGAAUAGUAUACAUAAAAAAAAAGAAAAAAUAAUUCUUAAACCUUAUUACAUGUUAUCUCAUUGUUAAUGCAUAAACCUAUUGUACAUAAGGAAAACCAUAAAAUUAAUUUAAGAAAGUAUUAUAUGAUUUUCAACAAUUUUGUAGAUUAUCAAGCAGAACAAAAUCCUUAUUAAUAGUAUCUAUCAUUUGUAUUAUGGUUCAAAUGUAUUUUUCGAAAUCAUCAAGAAGAAUUUAUCAAAAGGCAUUUACAGUUUUAUCAUCUAUGUCUCUUUUGGGAUUAGCUUCAACUGCUUUAGGAGUAAUAGCUUUAAGUAAUAAAAAAUAAAAAACAUUAUGAUUUUUAUCAAAUAUUAUAUAUAACAAAUAUAUAAAUUUAAUAUUAUUUUAGAUGAAAGAAAAUCUUAAAACUGAAAUGAGUGACACUACUUUUAGAAGGGAAGCCACUUUUUCAUUAAAUUAUAUUAGCAGCUCACAAAUCUUUUAUGAAAAUAGAAGACCUUCAACUAAAAAAUCUAUUUUUCUAAGAACCUCUUAAAACUAAGUAAGACUACCUCAUUUUUAAACUCAAAUCAUAUAAAGGAAUGAAUAAUGUAUCAAAACUGAAAAGAAUAAUACAAUUAUAUCAGGAAAGACUUAUAUUACUAAAGCAAUGGAACAUUAAUAUUUAAGAAUUUCUAGUGAGAAUUUAAUAGCACCUUUUGGUUGUCAAAUUUAAUGUACUAGUGAAUUUUAAUUAAUGAUUUCAUAGAUUCAUCCUUUUCCAACAAAUUAUAAUUGUGAAUAAGUAAUUAAUAAUAGAGGUUUUAUUGUUUCAGUGAUAAUAGGUGAAUUUAUUUAUAUUUCAAUCAUUACUCGAAAAGAUUCAGAACUUAUAUUCAAUCUUUAAUUUAACUUAUAAUUUGAAGAUAAUAAUUAAAGAAUUAAAACUCUUUAAGAUACUCCAUCAAGUGAUUUUCAAUAAAUGUUAAAAUUCUCUCAUUCUAAAUCUUUUUAAUGUAUUAUCAAUUCCAAUAAAGAAUAGGCAGGAAUUAAAAAAAAUAGAUAUUAAGAUGAAAUAUCAAGAUCAGAAAGAUUUUUGAAAGUAUUAUCAACUAGAAAUUUUUAAAGAUAAUCUAAAACACAAGCAAAAAUGUAAAAGUAAUAUCAAAUAAAAGCUAAGAAAUUGGCAAAUCAAGAGAAAAUCAUAACUAAAAUUAUAAAUGAUAAGAAAACUCAAAAAGUAAUAUUUGAAUAAUAAUGGGCCAUUAUAAUUUAUUUUAUAAAAAUGAGUUAAAGAAUAUUUGAUGUAUUUUCACAUAAAAAGUAAGUAAUGAAAAAGAAUAGAUUAGUAGCAUUUCGAAUUAAAUCACUUUUAAGAUAAAUGAAAAAAAAAAUAAUAUGUCCAAAAGGAGAAUUUUUAGAAACAAGAGUUUUAGUUGA